GUGACAGUGUUCCUUAUGUUUUCAGUAAACACCAUAACAUCAACAGGUUAAUGGUGGAAGUUGAAAGCAAUCUUCAGAAUCUUUUCCCGGUCACUGAAACAAGUUAAAUCUGUUAAAAGAGUUUGCGGAAACAGAAGAUCUCAAGAAGGAAUGUUCCAUUGGCACCUAGGAAACAGGUGAUCUCAAGGAAGAACCCAUGAUGGAACCCUGGAAACUGGUGAUAUCAUGACAGAACCUAUUUUUGGAACCCAGGAAAUAGGUGGUUUUGAAACUCAUGAAAAACAUAGUGGACCAACAAAGCAGCUUCAUACAUGUAGUGAGUGCAUGAAAACAUUUUCGAAAUCAGGUGACUUGAAGAAACAGAUGCUCUGUCAAAGUGGAAUCAAGACUUAUCAGUGUGCUGAAUGUCGGAAAACAUUUACACUAUCGGGUAACCUGCAGAUACACAUGAGGAUACACACUGGAAUCAAGCCUUAUGAAUGUGUUGAAUGUGGAAAAAUAUUUACAGAAUCAGGUCAUCUGCAGUCACACAUGAGGAUUCACACAGGAAUCAAGCCUUAUGAAUGUGUUGAAUGUGGGAAAACGUUUACAGAAUCAGGUCAUCUGCAGAGACACAUGAGGAUACACACAGGAAUCAAGCCUUAUGAAUGUGUUGAAUGUGGAAAAACAUUUACAGAAUCAGGUCAUCUGCAGUCACACAUGAGGAUUCACACAGGAAUCAAGCCUUAUGAAUGUCUUGAAUGUGGGAAAACAUUUUCACAAUCAGGUACUCUGCAGAGACACAUGAGGAUACACACAGGAAUCAAGCCUUAUGAAUGUCUUGAAUGUGGGAAAACAUUUGCACGAUCAGGUCAUCUGCAGAGACACAUGAGGACUCACACAGGAAUCAAGCCUUAUGAAUGUGUUCAAUGUGGGAAAACAUUUACAGAAUCAGGUCAUCUGCAGAGACACAUGAGGACUCACACAGGAAUCAAGCCUUAUGAAUAUGAAUGUGGGAAAACAUUUGCAGAAUCAGGUCAUCUGAAGUCACACAUGAGGAUUCACACAGGAAUCAGACCUCAUCAGUGCAUUGUAUGUGAGAAAACAUUUAUCCAAUCAACUUGCUUGCAGAUACACAUGAGGAUUCACACAGGAAUCAAGCCUUAUGAAUGUGUGGAAUGUGGAAAAGCAUUUUCGGAAUCAGGUCAUCUGCAGAGACACAUGAGGAUACACUUAGAAAUCAAGCCUUAUGAAUGUGUUGAAUGUGGGAAAAAAUUUGCACAAUCAAGUCAUCUGCAAACACACAUGAAAAUUCACAGUGGAAUCAAGCCUCAUCAGUGCAUUGUAUGUGAGAAAACAUUUUCACAAUCAAGUAACCUGCAGGAACACAUGAGGAUUCACACAGGA